GAAACGUUGCAGUCUGUCAAGUAAAUAAUAAGCUCUUAAUUCUAAAUGAUCAAAGCAUGCACAUUUCUGCCAUCAACACCGAGGUUUUAUGGUCUAGCACUGUGGUUUUUUCUACCUUUUUUCAUGUGUGGGCUCCUAAAAAAUUUCUAAUAGAGGUGCCAGACCCCUUUGAGUUGUCAGCGUGCAUAUUCACCUACUUUUGCUUCAUCGUAGUCACCUUUUCCAGACCCCUUAGACAUAGCCUGCAGACCCCCCGCAGGGGUCUGAGGACUAUAGGUUGAGAUCCACUGGUGUAGUACAUGUCUAAUUAAAACAUGGCAUCAGUAUUCAGUAACACACCUGAACUGUACUGCUCUGGGAAGUGCUUUGAAUUGUUACACCGUCUUGUGUUCACGGCUGAGACCAGCCAUGUCAGGUUUUCUUGCGUUAAGUCUUUAUUUCGGUGCCGUGCUGUUCUGUCUGUCUCCCCGUCUGCCUGUGUGUAUGUAGCCAAGGAAAUUAAAUUCCAAAGCAGAUCUAUGUAAGCAAUAUCCCAGGUUGGGGAUGAAGUUGCAGUGAGCACAUACCUCAGUGGUUUCCUUCGGUAUUCUGUCACAUCAACACAAAAAACCCAACCCUGAUUUUCUUCCUCAUCUUGGUUUACCCCCUCCUUUGCAUUUGCUUUCUAAGGAUGACUGCACUGCGAGGUGUGUUCAAGGGAUAUAGGAAAGUAGGGCUGCAAGGGACCUCGUGAGGUCAUCUCGGCCGGCCCCAAAGGGGUGCAGCACACAGUAAGAAACAUUGGAGGAAAGGGAGUUUAUUGAUAGCGUUGGCUCUAGGUUGGGGCUCUCGGGCUUGUGCUUGCUCAGCGAGGGACCAGGUGUGACGCCGGGGGAGCUGGGUGCACAGACAAAGGGACUCGACACUGCUCCAAGUGAGCAGGCCAAACAGAUCCCACGCAGGGUGUCUGGGCACCGUCUGUGGAUCCAAGCCCAUUCAGGGGCUGGGACGAUGCAGCUGGGGCUGGUCCUGUUUGGAGCAGGGGGUUGGACUAGAUGUGACCCCCUGAGGUCCCUUCCCACCCUCAUUGUCCAUGAGUCUCUGAUAGGGAUAACUCGAUAAAUAAUUGUUCGAUGGGAGACUCGUGUGUUGCUUGUACACAAUCAUGCCCUGCCCUUUCUCCUUCUUGUCUCCUAGCCUGGAAGAUCUAAGUUAGUGGGGUGAGGACUGUCGGAUGCUAUAUAUUUGUGCAGUGCCUUGCACACCAGGGCUGCCUCCACCUGCUGCUGGGAUCAAAUCGUAGAUAAAGCUCAAAGAAGCACACCAAGAAGCUCAGCUGGUGGAAGUCACGGUGCCUCUGCUGAGCUCCAGGCACCCGAGAAGGUGGAGACGAGACUGGGAUGUCUCACUCGAUCGGAGGAUGACUAACCCUGGUGUCUGGGAAGAUGACUAAUCUUUCAGUACCAAAAUUGCAAGCGGGAGAGUCUCGGAGCAUUACCCGGUGUCCCCAACGUGGCUGGCUUUCAAGCCCAAUGCACUGUCCUUGGCCACAUAGAGAGUCCCAUUAAGGACUCUCGGCUUCUUCCAAUUCCAUGUGUCCCCGUGUGAGGAGCGAUGCCCUGGACAUCAAAAGCAUGCGUGAGUUGAUGCCUGCACACCUUGUAGGAUCAGAUAUCCAGGCUCUUAAGUGCUUUGCAGCUUGUCCAACAGCCCACCCUCCAGAGAGGGGCUUGCUGACCCGCAGGGGGCUUGCUGAAUGAGCAGGGAUGGGCUUUUUCUGGUUCUUUUUGACUGGGUUUCGGGCAGAUGGAAGCAGAAGCAGCAACGUUGUUGGAGGUUUGGGUGUUGAGUCUAAUCCGUGGCUUUGAGGGUGAAGUGGUUUGGCAAAGAGCAGAAUGGCAGUGAUCUCGCCAGGCCUCAACACACUGCUUGAGCAAAAGGGUGCACUUACCAAGUUGCACGUGAGCUAGCAGGAAGCUGUAGACCUUCAGGCCAGAAGGAAUCGUUGCAGUCGUGUGCCCCCCGGCUAGAGCCUGCCCCGUCCGUGCAGGUUGCUGCCGGGGGCUGAGAGAGGAAGUGGCUGGGUACCGAUAAAGCCACGGGGGCUGAGGAGUGGGGAGGGUCUGCGGAGGGUGGGAAUUGCAACACCUCUGCUAGAAGGAGACGGUUGCUGUCGGAGAGGGGAUGAACAACAACACCCUGCCCCUGCUUCAGCUCCGAGGAAGUGGCUCCGUGCAUCAGGGCUCGGCGACAAGCAAGGAUGUGGCUAGGCAGGCUCAGGGGCUAUAAACGGCCUCCAAGCCACGCUGCAAGAUGUGGUUGGCUGUAGAGCCAGCCAGGUCAGGCUCUGCCCGCUGCCCUUAUCCCACCCGCGCGUCAGAGCCCAACACUGCUGGUCGUCAUCUGUCUCUGCUGAAGCCAGUGGGGAAAUUCCCAUUGAUUUCAGAGGUGCAAGAUAAGGGAGCCUCUGGUCCUCUUCAGAAAACUGCCCGGUGGGAUCAUAACCCAGGCAAGGACUGGCACCAGGAGAGGAAAUGGAACUGGGACAAAACGGGGGGACAGCUCGUGCCUGAUUUCGGGACGUCUGGCACCGUCCUGGUUCUGGAGUCUAGUCGCAUUAACUAGCACCCAGUCUUUCCAAACACGCUGUGCUUCGUUGUCUGUAUCUAACGCGUGGAGGCGCAGGGCGCGUUGGGAGGUUAGUUGCGCUAUGCAUGUUCUUUAUUUCUGAGCAGAUGUGGCCGGCAGAUGUGCCACGAGGGGCCCCGGGGUCUCCAGGCUGCCUCCGUUUCUGCUGUUCUUCUUGUUCACUUCUUGCAUAUCGUUAAGUUCUUUUAACACCCCUAAAAAGUGGAAGUUGGCAGCGCGUUCCUGUGUCCUUGCAAGCUGCAGGAUGUACAGGGCUGGAACAUGGGAUUCUGUGUCCCAGGCUGGCACCGACUCGUCGGAUGUUGUCGGGCAAGUCACCGAAGCGCCAUGUUCCUGCAGGAUGGAUGUGCCAGCCUGUCAAGGCCAUGGGUCAGUGUCUACGAAGCGUUCAGAUCUUGUCCCAUGGAAGGAUGUGCAAAAUGCCUCGUCUCUGCCAGGGAUCUGUCUAAUGGCAAAGGGAGAGAGGAAGAGAAGGAGCCACCUCUGAAUGCAGCGGUGGUGCCCCCUUCGCCGUGCAACCCCGGAUGCCUGGAAGCACGCUCCUCUCGGCGGUGGGUUUGCAGCAUGUUCACCUGAAACACCCAUGUAGCGUGGUGGGGACCGCAGUUCAGACCUCUCGGCUCAGCCCAAACCGCGGACCCGAGUCCAAGUUGAGGGCCGAUGGUGCAGACUGCAUUCCCAGCCCUGAGGACUUCAGGUGAAUCCCACCACGGGUGGAGUUGCCCAAGUUGGUGGAAUCGGCCUUUACAGCAGAGGCUCCGCACUCUCUGCUUUGCCCCGGCCACGCGGUCCGCAGCGGGCCUGCUCUCUGUCACUCGCCACCUCCGGCACCGGGGAUUCAGCCCGCGUAGCAAGUGUUACGCACACGCCGAGACUUCUCCACCUUAGCAAAAGCAAGAGGAGCUUCUAGAGCGCAUCGCUCCGGUGUGUCAUUGCUGUUGUGCUUGCCAUGCAGAGAGCAACCCACGUCCUUACACUCACACCACUCGUGAUCGCCGAACGUCCCUCCCACCAUUCGUUUCAUCAGUGUUUUGCAGCGCGUUUGCAAAUGCUCAAAACCGACUCGGACCAGAACCGCAACAACCGGCCGAUCCAAGAACGAAUCCGGCCGCCGUUGGACUCUAUGGCCGUUUGGGAGCGAGAUUGGGCCCUUCCGGAUCAUUUCUGAUGUUCAUUAUUUGUCAGGGAACCAAACUGAAUUAUUAAUAUGGAGAACGGAGAUAGCGUUAACGACUCUCGCUUUAUAACAGUUCCCCAUUAAUAGCGAAAAUUGCAAAUUUAUCACUCGAUCUGUUCAUUAAAACUCGCUUUUUUUCCCCCCCUUUUUGGUUUCUUUUAAUGAAAGCGGAGAAAUAAGAGAAUGGGAAAAGCCAUUUGGUUGUUAUUUCUUCAGAUGGAUCCAGCCUGUUGUUUUUAAUGAAGUCUUUACUCUUGUACGUAGAAGCAUGAGGGUCUUAUCACAAAAGCAGCAUCUCAACCAUGUCCGUAGCAGCACUCAGCCGUGUAACAAAUACUUAGCAAUACUUCCUGCUUCCUUCAAGGAGACUGCUUAGUCCUGUUUAAUAGUUUCUAUUUUUUUUUUUGCCUACUGCCCUAGAAGCCCUUCUUGAUUUCAGCAGACGCUUUCUCUGCCGCACACGUCUUACCAUGUGUUCUCUGCUCGCUACAGAGAUGGCAGAUUCCUAUUCCUACAAAGGCGGAAAGAAGUCCAGCAAAACCAGCGCCAGCAAAGACGGCAGCAGGACAGAGAUGAGGAUCAAUCCGAGCAACGAGCUCUCCAAGCUGGGAAACGCAACCAGUGACAAGACAGAAGGCAGGAAGAAAGGGCGGCCCAAGGCAGAGAACCAGGCGCUCAAAGACAUCCCACUGACCCUGAUGAACCAGUGGAAGGACGAGUUCAAGGCCCACUCCAGGGUGAAGUGCCCCAAUUCAGGCUGCUGGCUGGAAUUCCCCAGCAUCUAUGGCCUCAAGUACCACUACCAGCGCUGCCAAGGGGUAAGAAGGACAGAGGGCGCCAUCUCGGAGAAGCUGACCUACUCUUGCCCCUACUGCGAAGCUGCCUUCACGUCCAAAACCCAGCUGGAGAAGCACCGGCUAUGGAACCACUUGGAUCGGCCGGUCCCGGCCUGCAAAGCCGAAAACAAAGUGCAGAAGUCUCUCAGCAAGAGCAGUGGCAAGAAAAGACCUGCUGAGAGCUCAGAUUCCCCAACCAUCCAUCCCAAACAGGCAAAGAUGGAGAAGGCGGCUGCCCGGGAGCCCCCCGAAAACGGCGAGUGCUUGGUGGCGGGCCGCGGGAGCAAGGAGUUCCAGAUCGCGGCGGCGGAGGCGGUGGCUGCAGCCACCCCGACGGGCAAGUCUUCGAGCUGCAAGGACCCCAAGCAGCAGGGAGGUCAGGCAGCCCUCCAGGAGGAGGACCCCGAGAGGAUGAAGCACAGAAGGAAACAGAAAACCCCUAAGAAAUUUACCGGGGAGCAACCGUCCAUCUCAGGGACGUUCGGACUGAAAGCUUCUCUCCAGUCCCGCUGUUGUAAACCGGGCACCGCUCCAGGUUCAUCCUCCUGCAUUUUAAAAACGCCCUCUCCCUCUUCAGGCUUCAUAAAAGCUGAGGACAAAGCAAAAGCACAUCGAGCCAAGAAGCUGGAGGGGAGCAGCAGCACGGACGAGCUGAAAAAGAAACCUCCAGGAGGCGGGAAAAAGGAGGCGGCUCCACACUUUCCAACAGUAAGCCCCGAGGAGCAGUGGCAGCGGGAGAUCAAUGAGAAGGGAGAAGUUGCCUGCCCCACCUGCGGCGUCAUAACCAGGAAAACCAUCGUGGGCCUCAAAAAGCACAUGGACGUCUGUCAGAAACUGCAGGAUGCCUUGAAAUGUCAGCACUGCAAGAAGCAGUUCAAGUCCAAAGCUGGCCUGAAUUACCACACCAUGGCAGAGCACGUCAACAAGCCUCUUCCCGUGGAAAUCGCUGGACUGGGUGAACAGGAAGAGCGGGAAAGGCUGAGGAAAGUGCUAAAGCAGAUGGGGAAACUGAAAUGCCCCAAUGAGGGCUGCACGGCCAACUUCUCCAGCCUGAUGGGCUACCAGUACCACCAGAAGCGCUGCGGGAAGCAGCCCGCCGAAGUAGAGAAGCCCGUGUUCACCUGCCCUCACUGCGGGAAGAAGUAUAAAUCAAAGGCUGGCCAUGACUACCACCUCCGGUCGGAGCACCCCUCUUCGCCGCCCGAGGAGCCAGAGGCGAAACCCGAGGCCAACCCAGUAGAAGAUUUUGAGAGGACUCCGAGCGGUAGGAUCCGGCGCACGUCGGCCCAGGUGGCCGUCUUCCACCUCCAGGAAAUAGCCGAAGAUGAGCUGGCCAAGGACUGGACCAAGCGGAGGAUGAAGGACGACCUGGUGCCUGAGACGAAGCGACUCAAUUACACCCGGCCGGGACUUCCCAAGUUAAAUCCGAGACUGCUGGAGACCUGGAAAAAUGAAGUGAAGGAGAAAGGACACAUCAACUGUCCCAAUGACUGCUGUGAAGCCAUCUACUCCAGCGUCUCCGGCCUCAAGGCUCACCUGGCGAACUGCAACAAGGGAGACCACUCCGUGGGAAAGUACCGCUGCCUGCUGUGCCAGAAGGAGUUCAGCUCGGAGAGCGGAGUCAAGUACCAUAUCAUCAAGACUCACUCAGAGAACUGGUUCCGCACCUCUGCAGAGGCUUCCCGGAAAAAGAAGAGCAGGGAACAGAUUUCUUCCAGCAACGAGGAGAAAAAGGAAAGCACAAACGGGAAGAAAAGAGGCAGAAAACCCAAGGAAAGGCCCCCAGAACCGUCGGCCAAGGGCAAAGAGAGCGCGGCGGCAAAGACUAAUCACAAGAAACCCCCAGAGCCGUGGGAGAGCUCCAACUGCCGGCUUGGCGCGGAGGAGAGGGGCCCCAAGCCGCCCGGCAGCCGGAAAGCAGGAGCCAGCAAGAUGCCUGAGAAAUAAGAGGUUCCCGGACUGUCUCCAAGGAUUCGUUUACAACCCAGGGUAACGAGGCGGGGGCUGUGCCGGGUUUCCGUCCCCCUCCCCACACCUCCCUUUUUAAGAGAAAAAGAGGAAAACCACUUUAAGGAAAGUCACGGACCUUGUUUCACACUGGAAAAGAGAGAGGAAAGAGACUGCAAUUUUCUACCCAGCCUCUCCCCAUUUCCACGACCCCCCUCGCCCCCACGCUUGUGCACGCACACAUGGGCUUCCGGCUUCCCUGCUGACACGUCUCUUCCCCUCCCCGCGCAGCGGGGAUCCUCGCUGCCCCCUCGCCCGUCACGUCUCCCGGCUCCGUGCACCGAACGGGUGAUGCUUGAGCGAAAGGCAAGUGCAAUAGCGCCGGGGUCCGCUCCUGUCCUGGGACUGCCUUUCAGUUUGCCGUAGUGAGGCAGGAUCCCGCUGCGUUUCCUUUUGGUGUGGGAUGGGGAGCGGGGCAAUGUCUUGUCUGACUCGGUCCAUCCUGCGCCCUCAGGAAGCUGCAGCCUGUGCAUCCCUUGCGAUGAUCUAGUGGCUUUGGGGUUUCUGAAGACUCAGUGGCUGGCAAGGCUUAGACAAGGGCCCAGGUCAUGAGUUGCAGGGAUUGACAGCAGGCAUCCAAGGCAGAGCCCGUACACUGCAACGCAGUCGGAGGCUGGGUGGUAAUCCCGGGAACGAGCUGUGUGUAGCGCCGAGGUUUUAUGAAUGGUCCACGAGACUUGCAUGGGCUUCCCGGGUGCAUUUUGGAAGAUAGGGUCCUGCCAAGCCGUGAGCUGGCGCUGGGUUGGUUUCCUAGCCCCAUCUGCCUGGGGUAGUUUUCUGUUUGGUGCAUCAGGUAGGCAGGAUCAGGCCAUAGGUAUCAGCAGAUAAGCUUGUUCACCACCCACCCCAGGAGCAAGGAGAUGGCAGUCCAUCUGUCUGUCUCCCGCAGCCAGGGCUGUUCUCAUGCCCGGCAAGGCAGCAUACAGGCCUUCAUGGGCCCGGGUAUGAAAAGAGGGAGGCUGGCGUUGUCAGAGAGGCUGAACUCGCCCAUCUCCAGGAGCAGUCAGCGGGAGCUGUGGGUGCUCAGCACGGCUGGGAGCCAGCCCCACUGGGCUGGUCGAGGGAAAGGGGGGUUGCGCAGGAUGGUGAGCAGGGAGGAGGGAGAGGGGAAGGCAAUCUAUUCUGUUCUUUUCUGGUCUUUUAACUGAAAACAGGGCGAUGCAGAAUGGAUGUGAGCUCCCUGGGGCUCAAGGGAAGGGGAAAGAAGCCCUCUGAAAUGCUGAGAAAUGCUUCCAGGUUGGGUUUUUAGGGUUUUGAGUGUUUUAAUACCCCUUCAGACAAAACUACUGUAUCAAAUUGAUACUGAACUUCGGCUACAAAUAGUCCUUUAGCAAUAGAGCCGGGCGGAUAUUGCAGAACGCAGGCCCUUGGGUUUGCUCUGCUUGCGCCCGGGCCGGCAGGCGGGAGCGUCGGCAGACGAACGCCGCGGAGCGCAGGCUUUCGCACUGCUUUAAACUGAAAAUUGCUCCAAAGAGCGACUCUGGUGAGCGCCCUGUUCAAUCAGAACAGCCAUCGGAGGCACCUGCCAUAAGCCAGGUAGGGUGAAAAAAAUGGGACUAUCCAAUUCAUUUGAGAAAAGCGUUGUCUUUUGAGGUUAGAGAAAAAGGGCCAGCUGGUCGAAGGAGGCUUUCCGAGCGACUCGCCCCGCGCUCUGUUCGUUAGGCCCCUGAGACCUCAGCAGCCCCAUCGUUGGCACGGGGUUGGCUUCAAGUGACAAUCAUGGGUCAGGCUUUGUGGUCACGGCCCUCGUGACGCCAAGCUGAUGCUGCGGCUGGUUGAACACGCUGCACUUGGCCCCAUUGGGUGGACCAGGCCUGGGCCCAGGGGACAGGUCUCUGAUGCCCCGAAUGUCCCGUUGACCUCAGCCCUUCUUCACCCUCCCUCCCUGGUGAGGCGGGGUGGAUGCCUCUUUCCAUUGCAUUUUCCUUUGAAGACCUGCACUAACUUUGCAUCCAGAUUUCCCGGAGCCAGGACUGUCAGGAUGCCCAGUCUGGUCUGGAGGAAGAAUAAACCCCAGCCCAAAGCCCAUCUGCUUGCAGACAUAAACCAGGCUACCUCUCUCCAUGGCCCAGAUGUGGCUCUUGCUGCAGCUGGCCCCCACAGCAGGUCUCGUAGAGCAGUUUUAUAACAUACUUUGCACUUGCUCAUGGGACAACAGCACCCACCUUGCACACCCUCCAUUCACCCCAGCCAGGGGGUUUGGCAGGUGAUAUUUCCUGGCGGCGUAGGGAAUUCUGCUUAUUUAGCUAACGAAAGCCUUGCCUCUUUUUCCUCCCCUGGCUCGCAGCUUAUCCUCGACCCCACUGAUCUUCAGUAUUUUUUUCACGCUCUGAGGAGCCAUUCAGUGAUAAUUAAUGACUCUCUCGAGUGACACAUUAUUACUGCCACAGAAAGAGACGUGGCCUCCCGAUGUCAGGUUCACUCCCCAAGAGAAUCCCUGCAGAAGACCUGGCCCGUAUAUCCUGAGAGCUGAAUUAAACCGUCCGCCGGUCCCCUGGUAGCGCACCGAAAACCGCGGCGGCCUCAUACCUGCCUGGAGCAAACUCAGUCCAGGGUAGUUGACUGUGGUCGGUGAAGGUAGAAAACGCUUUUUGGUACCCAGAGAGCUGGUGACCGCUGGGUUUACUCCUGGCUAGAACUGCAGCUCCUUUCUUUGGAGCUUUCCUCUGCACUAAAGAAAAGGUAGGAAUAAAACCCCACAGGGAAGUGCCAGUUUUGCAAGAGUUUCGGGUGCUAGAUCGUCGCUAUUCUGAGCCGACAGAGCUGCAGGACUCCGAGGAAACUUCCCCUCGUGGUCUCAGCAGAGCAGUAGCCACGGCAAAGCCUCCUGCAUGGAGGGUUCCUUCUUCCCCAGCCCCUUGAGAAACUGGGGGUGGAGAAAUGCUCAUAAACGGUUGCCUGUUCGUUCAGCAAGUGCAGAAACCUGAGUUAAGAGCCAGGCCGCUGCAUCCUUAUUAACAAGGUAAUAAAGCAGAACCUUUUAUACAAGCUGCUUUGUGCCAGGACCUGGCAAAUAGGGUCCCAAAGACCAGCUGCAGCCUCUUGAGAGAACCAUUGGACAUCCCCUAUCUAUUAAUGCCCUGUCUAUUAAUGAAUCUGCCUAUUAAUCAGAUGUGCAAAGUCCUGCACUUAGGAGGGAACAACCCCAUGCACUGGGACAGGCCGGGGGUGAUGGGCUGGGCAGCAGGGACCUGGGGUGACAGGGGACAAUAAGAUGGAUAUGAGCCAGCAGUGUGCCCUUGUCACCAAGAAGGAUAACGGCAUCCUGGGCUGCAUCAGUAGGAGCAUUGCCAGCAGAUCAAAGGAAGUGAUUAUUCCCCUCUAUUCAGCACUGGGGAGGCUACAGCUGGAGGCCUGUGUCCAGUUUUGGGUCACAGAAAAAUUGGAGAGUCCAGCAGAGGGAAAUGAAAAUGGUUUGGGGGCUGGGCACAUGGCUUAUGCAGGGGGUUGCAAAGAGGACGGAGCUGGACUGUCGCUGCGGGGAGAGCUGGGCGCAGAGCUUUGCUGGGGCCUGUCUGCAGCGGUGCAGGAGGGUUGGGACGCGGCAUCGGUCUGCAGUCAGCGGCAGUGUUUCCCCAUGCUCCUCAAACCAGGCCGAGAGCCCCAGAGUGAGCUCUGAAGGACUUUCCACUCCUCUUUUCAGGGCUUUCUGCUAUGAAGCAGGCACAGUUAAAGGCCUGGCUGAUCCCCACCCCUGCUGUCAGAGCGUGAGUGUGUGCGCAGGGAAAACACAAAGGGAACUGGUCUGGGAAAACAUCAGGGCAGUCUCCAGCCAUUGCUUCUGGCUGUGUCCCAGGCAGUCGGAGGCUUUCCACGUCUCAGAGGUUGUGCUAGUGCUUUCUCUUCUUCUUUUCUCCUUCCCCUCGACAAAUGCGGUUGGAAUUGCUGUGGUUUUGGGCUAGUUUCCCAGGCCUCCCUCCAGCAUGCUGAGUGCCUCGGCUCCUUCGCAGAGUGCUGAGACUUGCCUUAAGCAUAGCUUUGCACUGCUCUUCAUCCCCCCUGCUUCCUCCAUGCACAUGGCUGCAGGGCGGGAGAAGGAUCUGGGACGCGUCCGCAUGGUGCAUGCUCUCUCACGACCGAGCUGCAGCUCCAGACCCCGCGCCCGAGUGUCCGGCACCUCGUGACGUUGUGUGCAGCUGCCUGUGGUGCAUGCCCUGUCACCACCGCUGUGCAACCUGCCUGUGCAAAUUCACUUGAUUGACGGCUUACGCCUCCACGACCACAAGCCACUGCAUCUCUUCAGUGCUAAGGGAGGUGGCUGUGUCCUGGACCCACCCCCCAUUGCUUCCACCCAGGACACCGGUGUGUCCAUCUGGGGUGUCUCCAGUGCCUUGGUGUACAGACAGCAGUGCCGCUGUACCCCGGUGCUGGCCCUUUGACACAGCAAAGAAGCCAAAACACCGCCCUAGCCUGGCACUGGCCAUGCAAGGGGGUGUGGGGAGGGCUGCCGUGCCCUUUCAGCCCCCCGUUGGCGUAGUGCUCCCUUGGAGGUUAUUAUUAUGAGGGAGCACAACUCAGCGGAGCCCUUGGGCUGCUCUAAGGACUGCCAGUGCCCAGACCAGGAAGGUAGAAGAUUGGCAUUAACCUGCCCUGCCCCAGGCAUGGCCAGACCCAAGGGCCUCAAAUCGUUGUAUAUUUGCUGUCAGUGUGUCAGCGACUGUUCGACAACACCCGGCCCUUCUGCAUGCUGGGGAGGAGGGGGGGCAGGCUGCUGCUUCACCCUGGGUCUUGCAUCUUGCUGGGCACGUGCUCUGCACCUGCUACAUGGGCGGGUGUUAAUUGGCUGCAGUGGGACUCUCCGGGUGCCAGGGGAACCAGGUCAACAGGGGCUGGUCGUUAGGAAACGAGCAAGCAGAGAGCGAUUUCGCACUCAGCAGCAGGUACCGAGGUCCAAGUCCUCUGGGGGCAUCAGCCAGCCCAGUUGCGUUGUUUCCAACUGAUUAAGAGCGAGCGGUGAGAUUGCCAGCUCUCUGUAGUGACAGCCUGGUUACUGCCAGGUCCUUGUGCCAUGGCGGCUGCGUGUGCCUAAUGUGAACAGGAUGGAUUUGGCUGGGUGCCUGUAGCCAGAGAUGGAGUCACGUGCAGUUGUGCAGUACUCUGAGCUGGGGAAGCCUGCAUCCAGCUCCUGACUGCCCCUGGUUUGCUGUGUGAUGUUGGGCAUGCCUUCCCAAGCCUCAGUUUUCCCCGUCUGUAGAGUGGGGAUAGCAGUCCAUUUGCAGCCUGCUGUGAGACGUGGCUGGGAAGCGCUGGGCACGAGAGGGUAGCAGAAGCUGCCUCUGGAGCUGCAGCCCCCACUCCCCUUGCUGAUCUCCCUCAUGCCUGUGCCUCGGUGAUUGGGGGUUUUCAGGCACUGGAUGUGUUCGGUUUCUCACCAGGGGUUAAUGUUUGCUGCAAAGCCUCUUAAAGCAGAACACUUCCCAGCUCAGCCAGAUGCGGUCCCUCGCCUAAAGGCUGAAGGCAGGGCUGGUCUCUGCUGCCUCAGUUUCCCUCUCCGUGCAGAUGCAUGCUCAGGCUGGCAGGGGCUCAGAGAGGAGGCAGCUGGGCAGAUUAUAAGCAUUCAUUGAGUGCCUCAGCCUGUGUCCAGGCCUGCUGCUCCCGGAGCUGGUGGGGCACCGGCGUUGGCUUGUUUGGGCUGCAGGAAUCGCGCCCAGGCUCGGCUGGUUCAAAGCAAAUUCUUGUGGUAAGAACGCAAGGGGACCACGUGGGAGCUUGUCGUGCAGCCUCCGGAAGCCUUUGGUUUCGGUAGGACGCUCCUUCCUGGAGCAGCCUGGGGACAAGGUCCUCUGGCUGCUGUGGCCUGAGCGUGCGCAGGGACAGUGGCACCGCUCACGCCAUCUGAGCUGCUCCUGUCUUCAGGAGGGUGCCUCUGCCCCCGUGCACGGAGCACGUGGCGCCUUCAUCUCCUGGCUUAGCAGGGCCUGAGCUGAUGCUGUGCAAGUCCGUGUGCAUCUUUUCCCUGGAAGAGGUGUCGGGUCCUUAUCCAGCCCCCACGCGGGGUCACAGGCUUCUGGUUAGGGACUGGGGGCUUGCCCCCCACUACCGGUGUCCAGCAGAGCACAGCCAAGCACCAGAUCUGGACAGAAACCCCUGGGAUUCACACACUAGAGACCCCGAGCCAAGACCCCUGUCCCCAUCCUCUAUGAGACGGGACACGGGGAGGAGGCUUUCCCCGUAUCUAGCCAUAAAAUCUAGCAUCACCAGUCAAGCAGCUGCUGGUGGUGCUGAGCUGAAUCCAGGGGGGCCAUGGCAGGGCUGGGCCUGUGAGCAGGAUGAGCUGUGGGGAUGGACUUUAAGCAAAGCAAAGUUCACAAACACUUGUCCUUUGAUCAGAGGAAAGAUAAUGAUUAAAAAUGGAAAACAUGACUCACCGGAAGUAUUAUACAUCAGCCCCCGAGCUGGCUUCUUGGCCGACAGCUCCCCCCAGGUUGAAAUCCUAGUUUCCUUGCAGCCAGGUAGCUUUUGAGCAGACAAUCAGAGCAUUUAGAGGCCAGGUAAAAAGUGGAGCCUGCUUGGCACAUCUAGGUAACCAGGGUUUAAAAUAAAGGCAGGAUCUGGGGUACCUGGAAGGGAUGCACAGGUGCCCAGGCAGCGAUGCAGCACUGCAAAGAAUACCCUGGCCCUGCAGACUAAUGGGAAUCCAACCCCGAUCCUUGUUUCCCCAGGAAACAUUAACCCUUUCCUAAAUAUUAGACCGAGACUAGCCUGAUGAUCCUUCCAUCCUCCCGUCUUUUAUGCCUUCCCGAUACAUGUCGAGAUGAGAAGGGAGAAAUGUAGCAGUUUGGUUUGAAAGGACGGGAGUGAAAUUGGAGAGUCCGACUUGUUUCUGUGACUCAACCCACUUCAGGUGGAGUUGACCCAGUCUCAGUUGAGAGCAUUACAGUGUCCAGGAAGGUCUCGGAGCAGGGGUACAUCCCUGCCCACAUACCUCAGUCUUUGCUGAUAUGGUCUGUGCUAUAGGCAAAGGGAUUUAAUGGUGGAGGGUGCUGAUCUUGUGCUCCCCAUGCACCGUCACUCCCCUGGAAGCUAGGAAGAGUCUUGCCAGGGAGAGGUAUUCAGACCAGGCAAUAGCCCUGCCGGGACUGGAGCCCGUUUCCCACCCGGGCACACAAGCCAAUGCCGGUUUGUCCCCCCCAGCUCUGCUGAACGUGCCAUGAGCCUCAUGCCGCAGUGCCUGUCCCCUGCCGCGGCGAGGGAGGGAGGCAGCCAGCCAGGUGUUGGCUGCAGCCUCCUCCCUGUGUUUGGACAGGGUGGAGGGUUAGGAGCUCCUGGGUCCCUGCGCGGGAGGCCGACCCGUGAUCUGUGGCUGUGGCUGUCACUCCUCUUACUCGAGUCUGUGCAAUAACCACAUCCAAGCCAUAGGGUCACCCAGAGCAGGACCCACGAGCCUCGGGGCUUGGCUGAUGCCACCGGGCUCCCCCACGGCCCUUCUAAUAUGCUGCUUGGCACCGUAGGGCAGCUGGGCCCCAAAUCAUGUGCCAGCACACAGGUAACCCGUGGUGGGGGGCACUGAAGCCGUACGGUUCAAGAGCCCCACUCCAUUAAAGCUGAGCUGCCACCGUAGAAAGCACAGGUUUCCAAAUCCUCAUUGACCUUCGACUUCCCAACCGUCCCCUGGGCUUGGAUCCCUGUGCCAUGGAGGACAAGGCCAUCACACCCCAGACAAGCUGUUCAGGCCUGUCGGGCUAAGCCAAGGGCCAGGUUUUGGUGCACCGCUCCUGGGACCAGCAGGACACGCUCUUACCGGUCCUUUUGCAUGGGGUCCUGGUUGCUACACCUGCCUGUUGCAUAUGCCAUCACGUCUUGGAAAUCCUGACCGUAAAAGCGCAGCUGGGUAUCGUAAAGGGCUACCAGGUGUCACACACAGGGGGGGCAGCCCCGUCCAGACCCGCACUCCUCCGAGGCACUGAAAACCUGGCCCGUGUCCCACCUGAACCCACAACUCCAGCCUGGAGCUUAACUAUCUUACGCCUUUCGAGAUACCAUUGAGUCCCCUUGCAAUGCGCCUGAAAACCGGUAUCUACUGCAGCAGCAACUAUUACUGCUUAGGACACGGAGAAAAUCAGUGGCUGGUCAUUCCUUGGCACCACUGGGUGGGGGAGUCCUUCCUCACUGGGCCACCGCUGAGGACGACACACCUCAACUGGGUACAAGAAUUGCAUUCAUCGCGAGACACUCGCACACAGCAAUGCAGACGGUUUGGGAUAGCUUGUUUUCUUCCCGUUCUCCUCUCGGUGGCUCCUAUCCCACGGCAUACCCGAAUGUUUCUUGUCGACGCCAGUUAUUAGUGCAUAUGUGUAUUUUGGGGAAAGAAAAAGAAAAAAAGAUUUUCAAUUUAUCACUUGUAACCAUAUAUAUAAAUAUAUAAAUAUAUAUAUUAAAAAGUGUUUAUUUGCAAAAAAGAAAAAAAAAAGAAAAAAAAGAAAAAGAAAAUUAAAUUGUUUUACCGGUAAACUAUCUUAUACUACACUCCAAAUUUGUGAUGAUCUGUUCUUUUUGUUAAUCGUUGACCACUCCUCCGCUUGAGAGUACUGUAAUAAAUGAAUAUGAAUAACAGCGCCACUGAGCACCUAGAAGGGGUAACUCUAUGUACUGUAUGUAUUAAAAACAGCUGUAUCAAAUAAAUGGUUAUUGAUUUUUUUUUC